UACUUUUCUGUGCUGAAGGGAGGUGUGGAUGGAAAAGGAGGUCACACAGCUCUCCUGUCUUCAAUAUCUGAGAGAGAGAGCAAUGACGUAAUGAAGUUACAGUCCGACAAGGAACCACAAUUACCAUGAUGCACUUGGAAUUACCGUGGCCACUGAACGGGGGAAGGGAAGCUGAGAUUGGAGGGAGAAACAUUCAGAAACUGAGUUUUCAGAUAUUGUGAUGAGACUCAUCUGGACUCUGAACAAACAAUAACUCUAUCCAUGCCCCUCAUCUCACUGGACACCUUCACAUCUUACUUUGGACGCGUGCUGAUGUUUCAUGUGAGGCUAAAGACAUAAUAAGCCCAGCCAAGUAAAUUAAACUAUUCUGGUACCACUGUGUGCACACUGGAUUUGUCUCUUGAGUGCCAAAGUAAUGAAGUCUCCUGGACCGGGAGAGCCCAGCCCUGAAAAGCAAUGUCAUCCUCCACCUUCUUUGUACGUGUGAUGGAGCUGAGGAGUGGACCCAGUGGCCAAGAAGAUCUGCGGAGGAGAGGAAGGAGGCAGGUUUCCAGGAAACUUGUGCAUUGAUGGAUUGCAAUUUCCUCCUGUCAGCUCUUGUAGACUGAUACCUGCACAUUCCUAUCAGCGAACGCACUCAAGGUUAGACUUUAGAGUGGCUAAUAAAACAAAGCUGCCAUCAAAACCACACAAUCAUCGCCGAUACACAGAUGUGCACAUUAUGGAUUUCUUCUGCCAGUGACAGUUCGCGGAAAUCACACUAGGGGACUGUGGACGUUGAGUUCUAUGUAUAUAAAGGAGAAAAGCAUAAAUACUUGCCGUCACUACUAAUGUGCACUACAGAAACCAUGGUGGUCCUUGCAUCGGCUCCUCAGCCCAUUGCCGUCCAUGACUACAGCAGCCUUUAGAGGCCGGGAUCAGGAACACGCUCGCCAGCCAACACACUCAUAUGCAAUGGAAGAAGACAUUGAUGUCACAUCCCACACUGAGGGCCUGAAUGGUUUGUCCCAUGAAUGUAAACCAUUAGAGGAAAUCACCAAUGGACACUCCAACCAUAAGCCUGUCAUGAACGGACUGAUAAUUAGUCAUAAUGUCAAAGACCAGACCAACGGCAGCGCACCACUCAGAUCCCUGCCGAUUUCAGCACUGAAGCAGAAUGGGCUUCUACAGACUCUGGCAGCAGGAGGGGACCAGCCUCAGCCUGCAGAGGAAAAUGUGGAGUUGCAAAAGGCCAGAGAGGAGUGGGAGGCUCUGGAGAGCGUCCAACCAGCUCUCACUGAGGACUCAAACCCAACCCCGAUCAUCUCCUUUAAUGAAGCCUUGCAGUACUUCCAGACCACAGACCUCGGGGAUUUGCUGAAGAACAUCCAGCCCACCGUCCGCAGGACCGGUCUGGCUGCGAUCACACACUUCCUGUUCGGACCGCCACGGCUGCACAGGGAGUUGCUGGAGGAGAGAGACCUGGUCUUUGCCAUCGCACAGUGCCAUGUGGACAACAGCCAAACAGUCCACAUGCGUGUCCUCCAGACCAUUUAUAAGAGGCUGAUCGGCAGCAGGCUGGACUGUCCUCGCUUCGGGGCGCACUGGGAAAACAUCGGCUUUCAGGGUACAGACCCAGCCACUGACCUGCGUGGCACUGGUUUCCUGGGUCUGAUGCAUACGCUGUACUUUGUGAUGGACCCAGAGACUCUACCGUUGGCUAGAGACAUCUACAAGUUAUCCCAACACCCUACACAGAACUUUCCAUUCAGUGUGAUGUCAAUCAACAUGACCCGCAUCGCUCUGCAAGUGCUCCGAGAGGAAGCUUUGUCAAAGGAGUGCAAUCGCCGUCAGCAGGUGGUCGGUGUGCUCAAUGAGUUCUACGUUGCCACGUAUCUGCACCUGUACCAGCUGUGGAAGACCCAACAGAAGACCAUCGUUGACUCUGGCUUUGUACUAAAAGAAGUGGAGCUGUUUGCCAAAAAGAACCCGAAGCAGAUGCUGCGCCGACUAGAGGUCUUCCUGAAAGAGAGGCGGGCAGGUGGAGUCCCCCGCGGGACGUCGCCAGACCCUCAGGCCCAGCAGCCCUCUCCCAGCCUGGGGGCCGGAGCCGGGUCGGGACAGGGGAGCAAAGGAAAGGAGAUGCACUUCACAGGAGUGUGUGAUCUACCGCCAGACAUGGAGGGAGAGGCCAGACUCAUCUAAGCUAGACUCUGUGUGAGAGUGUGUGUGUGUGUGUGUGUGAGCAAUCGUGUUUGUGAGUGUAUCUAUGGCAGUGUGUGUGAGUGGCUUACUCUCAGAGAUAAACCCCACCAGUCCCUGUUCUAGGACCUGCUAUCUGAACCUAUUCAAACACUUCCACUCCUUCCUCUGACGCUGGGGUGCUGCACUUUGAUCAGAUUAAGUUUUCAGAGUUAUAUUUGAUUUUUGUUUUUGUUAUUAAUGAUUAAAUUAUUUUUUUUAAACCAUAGAACAGUUGAAUAUAAGGAGCUGAAGCAGGUUAGAAACACCAAGUGAUUUUUUUUGUUGCACUUUUCUGUGGAUUUAGUAGCCAAAUCGAUAGCUGCCAAAUUCUUGUGGUUAAAUCCUAACCUGCAUAGAAGUCCAAAACGUACACUUGUGUGUCUCUAGGGUCGCUCAGUCAGGGUGUGUUAACGUUGUAGGAGAGGGAGCGGCUUCUUCUCCCUCGCUCUGAGAUACAGCUCCAUCACACGAGCUUGCUAACAGCUUAUUAUACAUGUUGUUAAACGCUCUUGAUUCUAUGGUGAUAAUAGAGAAGUGAACCAGCCCUGCUACAGGGGAAAAGAGGCACGUUUUUGUCUCAGAGUGGAGAGCGGCAGAAAGAAAAACCCAGGGAGGUUACAGACCUUUUUGACACAGCCUGCUUCGAAGGUCCGGUCAGAAUGCAUUCUCUAUCAGAGCGGUAAUGAAAUAAAUGUCUUGUGAAAGAUGUUGACACGCGGUCCAGAUGUGUGGGGGUAGAGCCAGGUGUACUCAUGGUGUCUGAUAGACUAGGUCCAGAGCUUCCACGUAAUGUGGGGGAAUAUAUUUUGAAUAAUUUUAAAAAAUAACUAUUUUACUGUUUUUCUGAAGGGACAGCGGACCAUCACGUCACAGUUAUGUUAAAGCGCUGUAAAACUUUGUUAUGAAACUUGAUGACUUUGUGGCCGUACGGAGGAUUUUUAUUUAUUCCACCAGAACGUAUGAAAAUCUUUUUGCGGUUCAAGUCAAGGAGACACUUCCUAACAGAGCCUGUGUGCUCGACUCGGUCCCGGAUAAAAUCGAAGGUCUGGUAUGAGCUUUCUCUACAUUCCGUUAUAAAGCAUGUGAUUGUAUGUUUUUUUUCGACCAGUUAAACAUUUAUUCCAGUGUAUGUGUGUAAGCUUGUGUGUGUGAUGUAAUGAAUGAGCUGAUAUUGAUGAAGGGUGCCUCUCCUAGGAGAUGUAUGGUACAGUAUGCAAUCCCAGCUCUCACUCAAUGAUAAUCAAAACGAUAGUGCUGUGUGACGAUAGAAAUCGUUCCUAACUUCAGGGUUUGUGCGCUUGAGCGAGUGAAUGUGUUUGUGUGGGCGUGCGUGUGUUUGUUGUAUGACAGGAACUGACUACAGAUGGGGUGCUUUCCUCUGCACACAAUAAGCCAGCUUUACUAAGUACUUGAUCCAUCAAGCUGCAAAGACGGUACAUUUUGUCGUUUUUAAAAAUGGUACAGAACAUUUUCUUAGGGCAACAUUUAUCCAAUCAACACAUUAUUUGGUUUACUUUUCAAAUAAACAGACGUUAGUUUUGAACACAGCUGGCGGCUCUGUGGCCUGGGAUGGGUAGAGCUCCUCAGCAAAGCUGGUUCCUGCUUUGUGCUAAUGUGAAAGCGUCCCCCAUCGUUGUAGUCUCGAUCUGUAGCAUGUUCAGGUAGCACUAGUACUGUAGCAUCCUAUAGCCUCCUCCUCUUCGUAAAGCUUGUUGAUGUCAUGUCUCGGUUACAGUCCGUAGUGUCAAUGGGUGCGCAAACUGUUACUACUAUAGCACAUUUAUUUAGUAUUGGCAUCAGGCCUCCUUCAGUAGACACACAUUUAGGUGGCGCAGCGUAUGUUUCGGAGAGUGGGAUAGGCUUGACGUGUUAUUGAGCUCACCCUUGUCUUCUAAGAAGGUAACAGUAAAAACGGUGCCUACGUCCAGUGGAGCCACGAGGGGUAGAGCGCUGGUUUGUCCUUGCUUCCUUUUUGUUUUCUUUCAUUUGAGCCACCGUGCCACAUUAGACUUCCUCCAUCCAUGUAACGCAGUAAACAGAGUCGAUGUGACCCCCGAAAACAUGCAGGCCUAAAGGAUAUAUACAUAAAGAUACACUAUGGUCCACCCAGAUAGUUUGAUAUCUCCGUUCUCCAUGAAAUAUCUUCAAAAAAAUGAGCUGAUGUAAUUUAGCCAAUCGUUUGCAAGUGUUUGGAUCGAACAGGAAAAUUUGCACUGUUGUAGAUAUUUGAUAGUGUGUGUGACGUAUGCAAGAGGAAACAGGCCAUCUUCAAUAGCCAUAAUGUCCAUUAUCGCCCACCUCAUUAAACUUCGUGGAAUCCUCCCUCUAAAAAGAAAUUGCACCAUAUAUUUGAUUUCACAUUUAGUUUUAUGACAUUUUUAAACUGAGGCGCAGUACAGUGUAUGUAAAUCAGGAAGUUUGUAUAUAGAGAAUUAAUGAUUGUAACUGUAUGAUUGUCUGUUGGGCAUUAUACUGAAACACAUUGCUUACCUCAAGACUUGAGACAAAUCUCUCUUUUCUCUCUCCUGACGUUAGUUUGGCCUCUCAGUCAGACUCUUUUUUUUUUACGUUUCCUUGUACCUAGGCCUUCUCUCAUACCAAUUGGACAUGUUAUAUAUUGUAUAAUCAACACCUGAAGCACUAUGUAAUAGCAAACUAACACAAAAGCUGGUCAAUGUUAUGUGUAAUCUAUUUAAAGACACAUUUAUAGACACUAUAGGCCCACACACGCUCAUCUGCAGAUGAUAAAAUCCUUUUUUUAAUGAUCUAUAAUUGGCUGAUGUUUGAAAUAAAGCUGGGUUUCUUGUGGCUUCAGUGAUAGUACACUAUACUUUUUGCUGUGUUUAAGCAUUUGAUGUCCGGAAAACACUCAGAAACAAUCCAAUGGGAACAGCUACAGUCACAAACAAAUAAAUAUAUGAUUGUAAAGAUAUACGUUUGAUUAGGAGUCAUAAUACAGUGUAUGCUUUGACCUUGGUAUAUAUUCAGUAUCCAAACAAGGCCUGAUUUAUCCUCUCAUAUUACCAAAACUUAUAUUUUCAGCGGUUCUAAUAGAUCAUAUUCUUAUGCGUUGAUUAUCGUUUCAAAUCUCCUCAGUUGUGAAACCAGAACCAAGAGAAAAGAAAAAAACGGGUUCUUGCAGGAUGUCGGAUGCUCUGAGAGGUGUGGUGUGAAGUUCAGCCGCUCGGCAAAUACAAUCACUUCUCUAAAUAUCCUGCGCUUUAUAUGAAGGUGUUUUACUGUUGCCGUCGUCGUCAUGUCCCUCAGAGCAUUUUAUGACUGUACCUUGAUUGUAGAAGCCCUAUUUUAUACUGAGAGUUAUUUCAGAAUACAGUAUGUGCUGUUGUACAUUAAAUGUAUCGUAUGGAGAAAGCUAAAUAAAUGCUGUUUAAAAACGAA